AAGUACACAGGCUAUGGGAGAGCAGCUGGUCUAUUGAUGUCACGUGGGUUACUGGGAGGGGGGACGUCUCCCGGCCAGUCAAAUUACUCGAGUGACGAGGAAGAUUCUGACACUGAAGAAUACAUGCAAUCCAAGUUGGACAUGAUGACAGGUGGACCUGCUAAAGAUGGAGCCUCAGCUCUUGAAGGAAUGACUGACGAAGAGAAGGAGAAAGAAGCAAGAGAGCUUCAUGAUCUUAUACAAAAAUUAAACGAGAAAGGCAUUAUUCAGAUGGCUCCACUAGGCAGUGACAACCAACCAAUCAAAUUACCUCCUCCACCACCUGAUGAUGACAAUGAUAGUGACCCUGAGUAAUAAUAGUCACAUGUAGACAUAACAGUUAUUAUUAUUACUAUUGUACUAUUACAAAUAAUUAUCAUUACACUUCAUUGAAAGGAGUUAAUGUUUCCUUGAAA